AUGCAAGAAACAACCACAACAACUGAGGCACCAACGACAACCACAACUGAGGCACCAACGACAACCACAACUGAAGCAACAACCACAACAACUGAGGCACCAACGACAACCACAACUGAAGCAACAACCACAACAACUGAAUCAACAACCACAACAACUGAGACACCUACGACAACCACAACAACUGAGGCACCAACAACAACUGAAGCAAAAACCACAACAACUGAGGCACCAACGACAACCACAACUGAAGCAACAACCACAACAACUGAAGCAACAACCACAACAACUGAGGCACCUACGACAACCACAACUGAAGCAACAACCACAACAACUGAAGCAACAACCACAACAACUGAAGCAACAACCACAACAACUGAUGCACCUACGACAACCACAAUUGAAGCAACAACCACAACAACUGAGGCACCAACGACAACCACAACUGAAGCAACAUCCACAACAACUGAGGCACCAACAACAACCACAACUGAAGCAACAACAACAACAACUGAAGCAACAACCACAACAACUGAGGCACCAACAACAACCACAACUGAAGCAACAACCACAACAACUGAAGCAACAACCACAACAACUGAGGCUUCUACGACAACCACAACUGAAGCAACAACCACAACAACUGAAGCAACAACCACAACAACUAAGGCACCAACGACAACCACAACUGAAGCAACAACCACAACAACUGAAGCAACAACCACAACAACUGAGGCUUCUACGACAACCACAACUGAAGCAACAACCACAACAACUGAAGCAACAACCACAACAACUGAGGCACCAACAACAACCACAACAACUGAAGCAACAACCACAACAACUGAGGCACCAACGACAACCACAACGGAAGCAACAACCACAACAACUGAGGCACCAACAACAACCACAACAACUGAAGCAACAACCACAACAACUGAGGCACCAACGACAACCACAACUGAAGCAACAACCACAACAACUGAAGCACCAACUACAACCACAACUGAAGCAACAACCACAACAACUGAGGCACCAACAACAACCACAACUGAAGCAACAACCACAACAACUGAGGCAGCAAAGACAACCACAACUGAAGCAACAACCACAACAACUGAGGCACCAACGACAACCACAACUGAAGCAACAACCACAACAACUGAAGCACCAACUACAACCACAACUGAAGCAACAACCACAACAACUGAGGCACCAACAACAACCACAACUGAAGCAACAACCACAACAACUGAGGCACCAACGACAACCACAACUGAAGCAACAACCACAACAACUGAAGCAACAACCACAACUGAGGCACCAACGACAACCACAACUGAAGCAACAACCACAACAACUGAGGCAACAACCACAACAACUGAAGCAUCAACCACAACAACUGAGGCACCAACGACAACCACAACUGAAACAACAACCACAACAACUGAGGCACCAACGACAACCACAACUGAAGCAACAACCACAACUGAGGCACCAACGACAACCACAACUGAAGCAACAACCACAACAACUGAGGCACCAACGACAACCACAACUGAAGCAACAACCACAACAACUGAAUCAACAACCACAACAACUGAGACACCUACGACAACCACAACAACUGAGGCACCAACAACAACUGAAGCAACAACCACAACAACUGAGGCACCAACGACAACCACAACUGAAGCAACAACCACAACAACUGAAGCAACAACCACAACAACUGAGGCACCUACGACAACCACAACUGAAGCAACAACCACAACAACUGAAGCAACAACCACAACAACUGAAGCAACAACCACAACAACUGAUGCACCUACGACAACCACAAUUGAAGCAACAACCACAACAACUGAGGCACCAACGACAACCACAACUGAAGCAACAUCCACAACAACUGAGGCACCAACAACAACCACAACUGAAGCAACAACAACAACAACUGAAGCAACAACCACAACAACUGAGGCACCAACAACAACCACAACUGAAGCAACAACCACAACAACUGAAGCAACAACCACAACAACUGAGGCACCAACGACAACCACAACUGAAGCAACAACCACAACAACUGAAGCAACAACCACAACAACUGAGGCACCAACAACAACCACAACAACUGAAGCAACAACCACAACAACUGAGGCACCAACGACAACCACAACGGAAGCAACAACCACAACAACUGAGGCACCAACAACAACCACAACAACUGAAGCAACAACCACAACAACUGAGGCACCUACGACAACCACAAUUGAAGCAACAACCACAACAACUGAGGCACCAACGACAACCACAACUGAAGCAACAACCACAACAACUGAAGCAACAACCACAACAACUGAGGCACUACAUACAACCACAACUGAAGCAACAACCACAACAACUGAGGCACCAACGACAACCACGACUGAAGCAACAACCGCAACAACUGAAGCAACAACCACAACAACUGAGGCACCAACGACAACCACAACUGAAGCAACAACCACAACAACUGAGGCACCAACGACAACCACAACUGAAGCAACAACCACAACAACUGAAGCAACAACCACAACUGAGGCACCAACGACAACCACAACUGAAGCAACAACCACAACAACUGAGGCACCAACGACAACCACAACUGAAGCAACAACCACAACAACUGAAGCAACAACCACAACAACUGAGACACCUACGACAACCACAACAACUGAGGCACCAACAACAACCACAACAACUGAAGCAACAACCACAACAACUGAGGCACCAACGACAACCACAACUGAAGCAACAACCACAACAACUGAAGCAACAACCACAACAACUGAGGCACCUACGACAACCACAACUGAAGCAACAACCACAACAACUGAAGCAACAACCACAACAACUGAAGCAACAACCACAACAACUGAUGCACCUACGACAACCACAACUGAAGCAACAACCACAACAACUGAAGCAACAACCACAACAACUGAAGCAACAACCACAACAACUGAUGCACCUACGACAACCACAAUUGAAGCAACAACCACAACAACUGAGGCACCAACGACAACCACAACUGAAGCAACGACCACAACAACUGAGGCACCAACAACAACCACAACUGAAGCAACAACAACAACUGAAGCAACAACCACAACAACUGAGGCACCAACAACAACCACAACUGAAGCAACAACCACAACAACUGAAGCAACAACCACAACAACUGAGGCUUCUACGACAACCACAACUGAAGCAACAACCACAACAACUGAAGCAACAACCACAACAACUGAGGCACCAACGACAACCACAACUGAAGCAACAACCACAACAACUGAAGCAACAACCACAACAACUGAGGCUUCUACGACAACCACAACUGAAGCAACAACCACAACAACUGAAGCAACAACCACAACAACUGAGGCACCAACAACAACCACAACAACUGAAGCAACAACCACAACAACUGAGGCACCAACGACAACCACAACGGAAGCAACAACCACAACAACUGAGGCACCAACAACAACCACAACAACUGAAGCAACAACCACAACAACUGAGGCACCUACGACAACCACAAUUGAAGCAACAACCACAACAACUGAGGCACCAACGACAACCACAAGUGAAGCAACAACCACAACAAAUGAAGCAACAACCACAACAACUGAGGCACUACAUACAACCACAACUGAAGCAACAACCACAACAACUGAAGCAACAACCACAACAACUGAGGCACCAACAACAACCACAACAACUGAAGCAACAACCACAACAACUGAAGCAACAACCACAACAACUGAGGCACCAACAACAACCACAACAACUGAAGCAACAACCACAACAACUGAGACACCUACGACAACCACAAUUGAAGCAACAACCACAACAACUGAGGCACCAACGACAACCACAACUGAAGCAACAACAACAACAACUGAGGCACCAAUGACAACCACAACUGAAGCAACAUCCACAACAACUGAGGCACCAACAACAACCACAACUGAAGCAACAACAACAACAACUGAAGCAACAACCACAACAACUGAGGCACCAACAACAACCACAACUGAAGCAACAACCACAACAACUGAAGCAACAACCACAACAACUGAGGCUUCUACGACAACCACAACUGAAGCAACAACCACAACAUCUGAAGCAACAACCACAACAACUGAGGCACCAACGACAACCACAACUGAAGCAACAACCACAACAACUGAAGCAACAACCACAACAACUGAGGCACCAACAACAACCACAGCAACUGAAGCAACAACCACAACAACUGAAGCAACAACCACAACAACUGAGGCACCAACGACAACCACAACGGAAGCAACAACCACAACAACUGAGGCACCAACAACAACCACAACAACUGAAGCAACAACCACAACAACUGAGGCACCUACGACAACCACAAUUGAAGCAACAACCACAACAACUGAGGCACCAACGACAACCACAACUGAAGCAACAACAACAACAACUGAGGCACCAACGACAAGCACAACUGAAGCAACAACCACAACAACUGAAGCAACAACCACAACAACUGAGGCACCAACUACAACCACAACUGAAGCAACAACCACAACAACUGAGGCACCAACGACAACCACGACUGAAGCAACAACCGCAACAACUGAAGCAACAACCACAACAACUGAGGCACCAACGACAACCACAACUGAAGCAACAACAACAACAACUGAGGCACCAAUGACAACCACAACUGAAGCAACAUCCACAACAACUGAGGCACCAACAACAACCACAACUGAAGCAACAACAACAACAACUGAAGCAACAACCACAACAACUGAGGCACCAACAACA